GCUGUUGUGGAAGUUGCGGGGUUGGGGUAAGGGGAGUCUAAGGGUUUUACAAACAGGAGGUUGGAGAGGGAUGGUCCUGAGCUGGGGUUUCCCAGGCAAGUUGCUGUUUGGGGCUCUCCGGAGAACUGGAGUAAGGUUUAUUAGAAGACGUGGCUGGUUUGGGGGUCUCCCGGGAGGUGGCUGUGCUGAGGGUCCGGGGUGAUAGCUACUUUGGGGAUCCCUGGGGGAGGUGACUGGUUUAGGAGUCCCAGUCCCGGAGGAAAGUGGCUGAUUAUGCCCCUCCCCUCUCCUUCAGUGGAAGCGACUGAAUAUUCAAGGCACCGGCGGUCCGGGAGAUUCCCGCUCAUCUCCAGUGGCCCUGAAGGAGGGCCCAACCCCGCUGGUCCGUCCGCGGAGUCGCAGGGAGUGUAACCCGAAGCGCGCGUCCGCCCCGCCCCGCCGCACCACGCCUUAAAGGGCUCGAAGGCCAGGGGCGCAGAGCGGCGGCCACGGUCAUGGAGGGCUCGCUUGCGGCCAACUGGAGCGCCGAGGCGGUCAACGGGAGUGCGGCGCCGCCGGGGGCUGAGGGCAACCGCACCGCCGGGCCACCGCAGCGCAACGAGGCCCUGGCGCGCGUGGAGGUGGCCGUGCUGUGCCUCAUCCUCUUCCUGGCGCUGAGCGGCAACGCGUGUGUGCUGCUGGCGCUGCGCACCACGCGCCACAAGCACUCGCGCCUCUUUUUCUUCAUGAAGCACCUGAGCAUCGCCGACUUGGUGGUGGCCGUGUUCCAGGUGCUGCCGCAGCUGCUGUGGGACAUCACCUUCCGCUUCUACGGGCCCGACCUGCUGUGCCGCCUGGUCAAGUACCUGCAGGUGGUGGGCAUGUUUGCCUCCACCUACCUGCUGCUGCUCAUGUCCCUCGACCGCUGCCUGGCCAUCUGCCAGCCGCUGCGCGUGCUGAGCCGCCGCGCCGACCGCCUGGCGGUGCUCGCCACGUGGCUGGGCUGCCUGCUGGCCAGCGCGCCGCAGGUGCACAUCUUCUCGCUGCGCGAGGUGGCUGACGGCGUCUUUGACUGCUGGGCGGUCUUCAUCCAGCCCUGGGGGCCCAAGGCCUACGUCACGUGGAUCACGCUCGCCGUCUACAUCGUGCCGGUCAUCGUGCUCGCCGCCUGUUACGGCCUCAUCAGCUUCAAGAUCUGGCAGAACUUGCGGCUCAAGACGGCGGCGGCGGCGGCGGCCGAGGGACCCGAGGGCGCGUUGGCGGGCAGCGGGGGGCUCGCGGCGCUGGCACGCGUCAGCAGCGUCAAGCUCAUUUCCAAGGCCAAGAUCCGCACGGUCAAGAUGACGUUCGUCGUCGUGCUGGCCUUCAUCGUGUGCUGGACGCCAUUCUUCUUUGUGCAGAUGUGGAGCGUGUGGGACGCCAAUGCGCCCAAGGAAGCCUCGCCGUUCAUCAUAGCCAUGCUCCUGGCCAGCCUCAACAGCUGCUGCAACCCCUGGAUCUACAUGCUCUUCACGGGCCACCUCUUCAACGAACUCAUGCAGCGCUUCCUCUGCUGCUCCUCGGGCUACCUGAGGGGCAGCCGGCCGGUGGAGACAAGCGUCAGCAAAAAGAGCAACUCGUCCACGUUUGUCCUGAGCCAGCACGGCUCCAGCCAGAGGAGCUGCUCGCAGCCAUCCACCGUGUGACCGGGCUGGGUCAGGACUGCCUCCCUUGGCUUGGAUCGUGCUGACAUAGAAAGUCCACCCUUGGUGGCCACGUACGUAUGUGUGUAAGGUACCUUUGAGUUUGUACCCCUGCACACCUGGGGGUAGCUUGAGUGGGGUGGGGGAUUCUGAUCUGGGGUGGGGCAGUGGUCUCCAUGGUGGGAGAUGAUAGGAUGACUCAGCCAUCAGACCACCCCUGGAUCUCCCCUGGGCUCCCACAGGCACUUCUGCUACCCUGACCCCACUGCUGCCCCGGGUGGGUGGAUGGGUGGUCUUUUUUUUCUUUCCUGGACUUGUAAUUUCACUCCAGUACCUUUUUACUCCUUUACGCUGGGAUCUUGUGAAAGGUGGUAAGUGUAGGAUUGGUGACCAGUUGGGUGCAGAAGCCUAGUGCAUUGAGCUCCGAGUAAGGAGUGGGAAUGGGACCUCAGAUGCGGAGGGUGGUGCUAAUAUCCUCCUGACCUCAGAGUGCUUUUGUCUUUGAGUGGACCGACCCUGGGUGACAGCUUGUCAGAAGGUGGUCCAAGGAG